AUGAGCCAGGGUGGCGGCGGCAGUGGAGACGGAGCACUGGUGCCGGAGCCGCAGCCGCAGCAGGUGGUCCGCGCUAGGACGGUGCAUAUGGCGGCGGAGAUGUUGGACUGCCAUACUUGCCACCUUCCCCUCAAACCCCCCAUCUUCAAGUGUGACGCGAAUCAUCUGAUGUGCUCGUUCUGCCGCGGCGCCCACGGCGAGUCCUGCGGCCGCACCGUCGCCCACUCCACGCUCGCCGACGACUUCGCCGCCGCCGUCUUCGUGCCGUGCGACUACGAGAAGCACGGCUGCAAGGUCGGCGGGGUCGUCUACCACGAGGCCGCCUACCACCGCCGCGCGUGCCAGCACGCGCCCUGCGGCUGCCCGGAGCGCUGCGGCUUCUCUGGCUCCCUGCAGAACCUCCUCAAGCACGUCUCCGAGCACUCCCGCGCCAUCCUCGUCAUCCGCUACGGCCAGCUCGAGGCCAUCAGCCUGCCCCUUUCCCGGCGCUGGCAGGUCCUCGUUGGCGAGGAUGACAACGACGCUGAUCGGCGCCGGAGCGUGUUCCUGCUUUCCGCGAGCGAGCGCGGCGCGGAGGAGGUGGAGGUGUCGCUGGUUUGCAUCCGGGCGGACGGCGGCGUGCCCCCACAGUUCUCAUGCAAGAUCGCCGUGGAGCACUCGGACGACGGCACGAGGCAGACCCUGGAGUCGCCGGUGAUGAAGAGCAGCUCCCUGUCCAGCAUUGCACCAGCGCCGGGGGAGAUGAAGUGCUUGAGGGUGAAGAAAGAUUACCUCACCGGCGACAGCGUCCCCGUCACCGUCUACAUCGACAGGCUCGCACAUCCUCCUCCUUUUAGUCCCAAGUCUCCAGCUUUUAGCCCCAAGCCUCCUCCAUUUAGCCCUACACAUCCAUUUAGUCCUAAGUCGCCCCCUUUUAGUCCUACCAAUCCAUUUAGUCCUAAGCUGAGUCCUAAGCGUCCUUUUAGUCCGAUGUCUCCUGCGGCUGAAGGAAAAGUGUACAAGAAAAGCAGAAAAUGAACUAGCUAGUAAGCGAAGGAAAGCAGCUAAGUAAUAGUAAUACCUCCGAUCCUUAGUUAAGCAAAGGUGUGUUUGUGUGUGUGUCCUCACCUUCACUGUGCUGCUCCAUCUUCAUUUAGUCUGAAUUAUGUCUUGUGUUCCAUAUCAUGGAUCUCUCA